AUGGCGCUCUGCUGUGCAAUUAGCAAUGAAACUCCUGAACACCCCUGCAUCUCCCCAGUCUCUGGACACAUUUUUGAACGGAGACUGCUGGAAAAAUACAUCCAAGAAAAUGGCACCGAUCCUAUGAAUGGAGAGAAGUUGACAGUUGAUGUUUUGGUUGAUGUAAAAGCUUCUCCUUUGAUCAAACCACGUCCACCAUCAGCAACUAGCAUUCCAGCCAUCCUGAAAUCACUGCAAGAUGAAUGGGAUGCUGUGAUGUUGCACAGUUUUACAUUGAGACAACAACUGCAGACAGCAAGACAAGAAUUGUCUCAUGCUCUCUACCAACAUGAUGCGGCAUGUCGUGUUAUCGCCCGUCUCACAAAGGAAGUAACUGCUGCUCGUGAAGGUCUGGCCAAUUCUGAGGACAUUCGUGUUUACCGACAACUGGCUUCCCAUACAGGUCUUCACAGUGCAAGUGUUCCUGGCAUCUUAUCACUUGAUAUUUGUCUGCGGGACACUUCAAAGAUUGUUACAGGUGGUAAUGACAAAAAUGCUGUGGUCUUUAAUAAAGAUACUGAACAGGUUAUGGCUAUCCUGAAGGGUCAUACCAAGAAGGUAACCAGUGUCAUCUACCAUCCAGAAGAGGAACUUGUGUUUACAGCAUCUCCUGACAGUAGCAUCCGUGUCUGGGGCAUUCAGACAGCUCAAUGUGCUCAAGUGAUCCGUGCUCAUGAAGCCCCAGUCACUGGCCUCAGUCUUCAUGCCACAGGGGAUUACCUUCUCAGCAGUUCCACCGACACGCACUGGGCCUUUUCAGAUAUUCGUACUGGCAAAGUUCUUACCAAAGUUACAGAUUCUUCUGCUCCUCAUGCGCUGACCUGUGCCCAGUUUCAUCCUGAUGGUCUCAUUUUUGGAACGGGUACAGAGGAUUGUAUGAUCAAAAUUUGGGAUUUGAAAGAACAAAUCAAUGUUGCCAACUUUCCUGGACACAUGGGACCCAUAACCAGCAUUGCUUUCUCUGAAAAUGGUUACUAUUUGGCUACUGCUGCUGAAGAUGCUGUUGUGAAAUUGUGGGAUUUGCGUAAAUUGAAGAAUUUCAAAACUAUCCAACUGGAUGAUAAAUACGAAGUACGCAGUCUUUGUUUUGACCAGAGUGGUACUUAUCUCGCUGUGGCUGGAACAGAUGUCAGAAUCUACCUGUGUAAACAGUGGCAGGAUUUAGCAGUGUUCAAUGAUCACACAGCUGCAGCUACCGGAGUUCGUUUUGGCCACAAUGCAACGUUUGUCGCUUCAGCCAGCAUGGAUCGUUCAGUCAAGUUCUUUGGAAUGAGUUAA